AUGGCGGCGGGGGGCGGAGCGCAGCUCCUCCAGUGGCGGCGUUGCGCGGCGCCGUUUGGAUUCAAAGGCGCUAUAAAGGCGCCGUCACGGCGCUGCCCGCGGCCGCCCGCCUCCCGCGCCAUGGCCGUCAAUACAUCGCAGUGCCUGGAGGAGGGCGCCGGGCAAUGGCCGCCGCGCCCGCCCGGGCCGUACAGCGAGGCGCAGCGGCUGGCGCUGGAGGAGCUGGUGGCGGGCGGCCCCGAGGCGCUGCGCGCCUUCCUGCGGCGGGAGCGGCUGCCGCCCUUCCUGUCGGAGCCCGAGGUGCAGGCCAUCGCGCGGGGCGCCGUGCCGCCCGCCGCGGCCGACGAGUCGGCGGCCGAGGCGUCCCUGGACGCGUCGUCGCUCACCUACUUCCCCGAGCGCUCGGACGCGGAGCCGCCGGCGCUGGAGCUGGGCUGGCCGGGCUUCGGCAGCGGCGCGUUCCGCGGGCUGACGCGGGUGGAGGCGCACUUCCAGCCGGGCGGCGAGGACAGCCCGUACGGCUGCAAGGAGGCGGUGCGGCGGCAGAUCCGCUCCGCGCAGCAGGUGAUUGCCCUUGUUAUGGAUUCCUUCACAGAUACUGAUAUCUUCAGUGACCUUCAGAAUGCCUACAGCAAGCGCCAGGUCCCUGUCUAUAUCCUUCUUGACCAGGACUUUCUACCUUAUUUCUUGGAAAUGUGCAAAAACUUGGGUGUCUGUCCUGAGAAGGAGAGUUUGAUGAGGGUUCGAACUCUCACUGGCAACAUCUACUACACGAGAUCAGGCGCCAAAAUUAUUGGGAAAGUCCAUGAAAAAUUCAUGUUGAUUGAUGGCGUGAGAGUGACAACAGGCUCCUACAGUUUCACAUGGACUGACGGGAAGCUGAACAGCAGUAACUUGCUGCUACUGUCUGGUCAAGUUGUUGAACACUUUGACCUGCAGUUUCGAAUUCUUUAUGCCCAGUCAAACCCUAUCAGUCCUGAGUGCCGAUCAAGCUGUAGGAACAGUGGAAUAUUUGAUCACAUGGAGAAAAGAAGAGAGUCCUCUAAAGAAUACACUGUGGAGAGCAAUUUGAGGGCAGAAUUUGCCAGGCUGUCUAGUACUCCAAAAAAACUGUUAAAAGAACUAGAUGUGGCUGCAGACACUCCAAGACGCAAACCUCAUGACCUGGGACAUUCUCACUUCAGUGAAGAGGAGUGGCUCAGCGAUCCAGAGGCCAGAGUGGGACAGAAGAAUGCAUCAACUCAAACUGGCUUAUGGGAAGAGCAGCCUGCAGUGGCCGUGUGUAAUGUUGGCAUGCAGACCAAUGUUUUAACAGAAGAAGCUGACACUCAAACUUCAACUGCUACAAGAACAACUGGGACUCAGACUUCAGUUUUGCUGAAGGCUGCAGUGAUGCAGACAAGGGAAGAUGCGUAUGUGGAAACCCCUCUGCUUUACAGGAAGUUUUCCAAAGAAGAAUCCUUUCUACCUGGAAAGUCUUCAUUAAAUUCUAGCUUGCGGUCGCUAUCUUCAUCAUCAUCCCACCUGUCUCGUACGAGCUCUACCAGCUCGCUGUCUUCUCUUAGGUCCUUUGAAUACCCUAGUGUUCACAGGGCAGAGUAUUUCCAAAAACUGCAUACGGAGAGGCAAUUCCACUACUCCACCAUCAGAUCAAAGCUUAGCCACAUGGUGGGUAUCUUGUCCAGGAGAAGACAUGUUCCUGAAAGCUACGUGAACCACUGCAGGAGAAGGUACAACCUGAAAUAGAGGUGAGACAUCAGUGCCAGCCUGCACAGCCUCUGAGAUGUUUCACUCUUGUCUGAAUAAAUGCUGCACUGAAUGCAGAGCUUGAAAGCUCUGGUCACAAAAUGCAAGCACUUUACAUCUGCUGAUUCUUGUAAUUCCUUCUAGUACUUUUACUCUUCUUUAAUACAUGCUCACAUCACUGUCCAGCACUUUGUUUUCUACUGUGCAAUUUAGUCAGUGAGAUUUUUCACAUGUACUGAAACCACUUGCAUGUUUCCCUUAUACACAUUAGUGGUAUAGGUUUAUUGUACUUCUGAAUAUUUGACUUAGAAAGCAUUUAAGUUUUGUUUUUAGGAUUGCUAACGCUCUGGCUUUCAGUUCUCUAAACUUGGAAAAAUUUGAGUCAGAUCUUGCUCAGAAUGGUAAUAUUUAUUUCCCCUUUUUAAUCACAGAAUCACAGAAUUGUAGGGGUUGGAAGGGACCUCCAGAGAUCAUCGAGUCCAACCCCCUGCCAAAGCAGGUUCCCUACACCAGGUAGCACAGGUAGGCAUCCAGGCAGGUCUUGAACAUCUUCAGAGAAGG